AUGGACUACGUUGUAGGCAGUGUGGCCUCUUUAAUAUCUGGUAACGUGACGCCCAAUCGUCCAAAACGAUUAAAGAAACCUCUUACACCUAUGAAACAUCAAGCUUCUCCAAACGUGACUCCAAAAAGUCAAUUGGUGGACGAUAAAUCUGUUUUCCUUUCACCGACAAUGCAAAAGAAGAAAGCUAUUGUUAAGAAAUCACCCAAAAGGAUAUUUCAGAAUGACCUUGAUGUAACAAAUGAAGAAGGAGAAUCAAACUUUUCGAGUCCGAAAGCCGACAAGGUAAAAAAACAUUUAAAAGAUGAAUUAGAAACAGACAGUCAAGUUUUGAAAAACUCGAAAUCGCCAAAAAACAAUGAUAAUGCAAUAGCAGAGAAUGAAAAUUCCUCAAAAAAGAAAAAGAAUAAAAAGAAUUCAUUAACAGUAUCUGAAACCGAAGCGUUAGCAGAUGAGAGUAUUGAGAAUAAUAAAGAAAAUAAUGAAAAUGCGGAUAAUAUUGAACAGUCCAAGUCUAAAAAGAGAAGGAAGAGAUCAAAAUCAGUAUCAGAACAGGAAGACACACAAGUAAAUGAAAAUGUCGUAAAACCUGACGAUUCCACUGAAAAUAAAAGUCCUAAAAAGAAAAGGAAAUCUAAAGCAUCAUCAGAGAAACAGGAAUGUGAACAAUCAGAAAAUGUUACUCGUGAUAACAAUAAAAUUGAGAAUGAAGAAAAUUUAGUUGACAAAAAUGAAAGUAAGAGCCCUAAAAAUAAAAGGAAAAGAUCAAAAUCAGUGGCUGAGAGGGACGCAGAGAAUGAUAUAAAUGAAACAGAUUCAAACAGUAAAGUCGAAAAAUCUGAAGACUCCAGUGGAAAUAAGAGUCCUAAAAAGAAAAGAAAGAAAUCAAAAUCAAUAGCAGAUCCAGAAAUUGAACAAAACCGUUCCAACAUUGGAAAGACUGGAGAUGAAGAUAAUAAACACAAAAACAAGAAGAAAAAUAAGAAAUCAUCAAAGAAAACUGAAAACGCAAGUGGAGUAAACCCUAACGCGAUUACUAACAAAGAUUCAGACUCCGAGCACGAAUCUGAUGAUGAAAUGCACUCGGAGAACGAGGAAGAAAAUAAAAAAACACUCAACACGGAUCCCGCUGAGGAGAGUUCUGAUGAAGAAGAAGCUCCUAAAAAGAAAGAAGUAAAUAAAGAAAAGAAAGAAGAUAAACAACAGCAGGACACAGAAGAUGAGAUUAAAAGAACUAUAUUUGUAGGCAACGUUCCCUUCAGCAGCAAGUGUAAGAAAGAAUUAAAGAAGAUUUUCAAUCAGUAUGGACAAAUUGAAACUGUUCGGAUUCGGACUGUGCCAGUCAAAGAUGCCCGAGUGACUCCGAAGAUGGCCGUCAUCAAGAACGAGCUACAUCCCGACCGAACUACUGUUAAUGCUUAUAUCAAGUUUGCUGAUGCAGCCUCCGUUAGUAAGGCGCUGGUUGAAAACAACACCCUUUUAAACGGCUGCCACCUCAGAGUGUCUCGUAGUGACAGUACAGGAGCCGAACACGAUCCUAAAUGUUCAGUGUUUGUUGGGAACAUACCGUUUGCUCUCGAAGAUGAUGGUUUGAGGGAGAGGUUCGAGAAAUGUGGAGAAAUAGAAUCGGUCAGAAUUAUAAGGGAUAAGAAAACUAACGCUGGAAAAGGUUUCGGCUAUGUUAACUUCAAAUCUAAGGACGGCGUUGAACUGGCUCUGGCCUUGACUGAGGAGGAUCUUACAAUAAAAAAUAGAAUUCUAAGAGUGAAGCGAUGCACUCAACUGACACACAAGAAACUUAACAAACAAGAAACAGGGAAGCAAGGUUAUGUUGAGAAGCAAGGAUACCAAGGAAGACAGGAUAAGGCAACGUGGAAUAAAGGGAAUCAAUUUAAUAAAGGAAAAUCAGGACAAGACAACACCGAGGGAGCUUACAGACGAAUAAAAAGAAAGAAUCAGAUUGAUAUGUCCGUCUGUGUGUUACAGGAUAACUCAGGAGUCAACAAAGACGGCACACACACCAAGAAGAAUAGAAAGGAAUUUGUUGGGAUGACGGCAGAAAAGAAAAAGAAACAAAAGUUCAAUAAGGGACAAAAAAAGAAAAAGGUUCUGAGCGAGAUUCUGACAAAGAAAUAA